AUGAACUUCAUAAAUACAGAUCAGGUACCUAUCAAGAAGGUUGGAGGCUUGAAUGACAAUGAUUCCACAACAGCAUCAGCAACCAGGAGGGCUCGUACACCAGGGUCAUCAUCUCGCACAUAUUUUUUUGCGAGACCCGCUCAUACCACACGAAAGCACAUGUUCUCCGUUAAACCAGUACUUGAGACUCAGAUACAGCAUUUCGACAGCCAAGGCCAUCUCGAGGAAACAGUUGAUGUUCUCUCCGUAGGCUAUUGGACUUCCUGGUUUGACAAGGAUAUCCGAGAGUUUACUCGAAUCAGAAAAUGUUGUCCCGAGCUCGUCAUGAUGGGCGAAAAUUUCUAUGAUGUAGCGCGACUAUCGAAGAGGUUCAUCGGAGCGGCACUCGGGAAAGCCGACACAAGUGGUACCACAACAAGCUUAUGGAUCAACAACAUGUUCUUUACUAUGCGCAGGGCCCUCGGAAGCAACACUUAUGGUAUUACCAUAGAUGGUAAGUUGGCUGUUCAAUGGAGACCAACAUUAAAUCAUACGGUAAUCGAUGGUUUUGAUCUAAGAGAGACCGACAAGGAUAGUCUCAUUGCGAUCUUGGGCAAAAAUUCCAUCGAAUUUUAUCAGCUCGAUGGCAUUGUUGGCCUUCUAAGCGUCGGAUUCGCAAGCAUACAACAGCGGACUAAUGCAGAAGCAAUAGUUCUGCUCACAGCUGUUUGGGUGGCCCAUCAGGAAGGCUGGAUCUUCCCAAAUGCAGCGUAA